ACCCGGACUAAACCAGAACUAAACCAGGACUAAACCAGGACUAAACCAGGACUAAACCAGAACUAAACCAGGACUAAACCGGGACUAAAGCGGGACUAAACCGGGACUAAAGCGCGACUUCACCGGGUGUAAACAGGACUCGGGUCAGUCGGUUCUGGUGUCGGUUUUAUGGCGGGUUUGACUCGGUUCUUGGAGCGAUUCAGAGACUCGAGCGACGCGGAGACCCAGUGGCUUCAGGAGCUGUUUGGGUUCGUCAGAGCUCACCUGUGUCAUGGCCCCGCCCCCUCAGGUGAGAGUGGUCAUGGCCCCGCCCCCUCAGAUGAGGUCGGACGGUCUUCAGCGUUGGAUCUGAGUCUGGAUCUGGUCCGGAUCCUGCAGGAGACGUGUGUGUCCGGGUCUCUCCCUGUGUCCUACAGGUUGGUCUCGGUCUCGGACCUCGUGUCUCUUCAGCGUCUUCCCUGCGUCAGUCGUCUCUCUUGGACGACCAAUCAGCAUCGAGCGUGGGCCCGGGAGGCGGAGCUUAUCCCUGGACUCCGCCCACUGCCCCGAGUGAAGCUGCUGCUGAUUGGACGACUGAGCAGGGGGCGUGGCCCGGACCUCAGGCUGACGGACGCCACCGGAGACCUCACCUGUCAGGUCCCCGUGUGGUCUCAGGAUCUGGACCAGGAUCUGGACCAGGAUCUGGACCAGGAUCUGGACCAGGAUCUGGACCGGGCCGUGUUUGUGCCGCACUGGAACUUCAUCCCCCAUGAUGCACCGGGGCGAGGGCUGCUGGAGCUGGUACUUCCUCCUCUCCCGCUGUGCCCCGCCCCUCGGCUGCGGGGAUUGGCCGGACCGACGGAGGGGGCGGGGUCUCUAAGUGUCAAUCAAGCGGCGUCUCUUCUGCUGCAGCACCAGAGCAGGGCGCGCGGCCGAGGGCGUGGCGACGGCGGGCGUUUCCGUGGAGACGGGGGGCGUGUCUCGGUCAGGGGCGUGGUCUCUGCGGUCUGCCCUCUGCUGGACAUCGGUGGAACAACGUUCUUCAUUUUUCAACU